UCGACACGCCAUUUUAUGUCUAAUUUGCCUCUCCUUUUAAAACAUCGAAUGUGGGCCUAAACGAUGUUUUAUGUAGAGUAAAGAAAAGCAAUUUGUGAUCUUCUACUACGGUACAGCGAAAAGGGCAAGAAACAGACCUGUUUUACAUUUUAAAAGUGACUUUAGACUGCCUCAAGUAAGUCCCCGUGGAUCACAAAAAUUCAUAAAAAAGAAAGUCAACCAAUGGAGAAUACUGAUCAAUCGAUGGCUGACUUUAACAAGCAAAUUGAAAAUCUUGAGCAAAAAAUAAGCAUUGCUAAAGAGACUGGUGACAAACAGGAAGAAAAAAAUGCUUACUUUAUGUUAGGAAAUGCCUAUCAAUCACUAGGGCAGUAUCACAAAGGCAUUGAAUAUCACGAAAAGAGUCUUAGCAUUGAAAAAGAGAUUGGUAACAGACCAGGAGAAGGAAUCAGUUACGAAAGCUUAGGAAAUGCCUAUCAGUCACUCGGGGAAUAUCGCAAAGCCGUUGAAUAUCAUGAACAGAGUCUACGUAUUGCUAAAGAGAUUGGUGACAGACACGCAGAAGGAAGAAGUGACAGAAACCUAGGAAAUACUUAUCAGUCUCUAGAAGAAUAUCACAAGGCCAUUCAACAUUAUGAAGGAAGUCUAAGCAUUGCUAAAGAAAUUGGUGACAAACAGGAAGAACUAAAUGCUUACGGAAACUUAGGAAAUGCCUAUCAAUUACUAGGGGAAUACGACAAGGCCAUUGAAUAUCAUGAAAAGAGCCUUAGCAUUGCUAAAGAGAUUGGUGACAGACGCGGACAAGGGAAUGCAUACGGAAACUUAGGAAAUGCCUAUUACUCACUAGAGGAAUAUCACAAGGCCAUUGAAUAUCAUGAACGAAGUCUAAAUAUUGAAAAAGAGAUUGGUAACAAGCAGGGAGAAGGAAGCAGUUACGAUACCUUGGGAAAUGCCUAUGACUCACUAGGGGAAUAUCGCAAAGCCAUCGAAUAUCUUGAAAAGAGCCUUAGCAUUGCUAAAGAGAUUGGUGACGUACACGGACAAGGGAAUGCCUGCGGAAACUUAGGAAAURCCUAUCAAUCACUAGAGGAAUAUCACAAGGCCAUUGAAUAUCAUGAACGAAGUCUAAAUAUUGAAAAAGAGAUUGGUAACAAACCGGGAGAAGCAACCAGUUACGAAAGCUUAGGAGAUGCCUAUCAAUCACUAGGAGAAUAUCGCAAAGCCGUUGAAUAUCAUGAACAGAGUCUACGUAUUGCUAAAGAGAUUGGUGACAGACACGCAGAAGGAAACAGUUUCGGAGAUUUAGGAAAUGACUAUCAAUUACUAGGGGAAUAUCACAAGGCCAUCGAAUAUCAUGAACGAAGUCUAAGUAUUGAUAAAGAGAUUGGCGACAAGCAGGGAGAAGGAAGCAGUUACGGAAACUUAGGAAAUGCCUAUCAAUCACUAGGGGAGUAUCACAAGGCCAUCGAAUAUCAUGAACGAAGUCUUAGCAUUGAAAAAGAGACUGGUAACAGACCGGGAGAAGGAAUCAGUUACGAAAACUUAGGAAAUGCCUAUCAGUCACUCGGGGAAUAUCGCAAAGCCGUUGAAUAUCAUGAACAGAGUCUACGUAUUGCUAAAGAGAUUGGUGAUAGACAGGCAGAAGGAAGCAGUGAUAGAAGCCUAGGAAAUACCUAUAAAUCUCUGGAAGAAUAUCACAAGGCCAUUGAACAUUAUGAAGGAAGUCUAAGCAUUACUAAAGAAAUUGGUGACAGACAGGAAGAACUAAAUGCUUACGGAAACUUAGGAAAUGCCUAUCACUCACUAGGGGAAUAUCGCAAGGCCAUUGAAUAUCUUGAAAAGAGUCUGAGCAUUGCCCAACACAUUGGUGAUAAAGACGGAGAAGGAAAUAGUUAUAGAAACAUAGGAAAUGCCUAUCAAUCACUAGGGGAAUAUCAAAAGUCUAUUGAAUAUCAUGAAAGGUGUCUAAGAAUUGCUAAAGAGAUUGGUGACAGAGAGGGAGAAGGAAUAACUUACGGAAGCUUAGGAUGUGACUAUGACUUAUUAGGGGAAUAUCGSAAGGCCAUCGAAUAUCAUGAACGGAGCCUAAGCAUUGCUAAAGAGAUUGGUGACAGAAAAGUACAAGGGAAUGCGUACGAAAACUUAGGAAAUGCCUAUGAUUCUCUAGGGGAAUAUCRCAAGGCCAUUGAAUAUGUUGAACGGAGUCUAACUAUUGAAAAAGAGAAUAAUGACAGACUGGGAAAAGGAGGAAGCUACGGAAACUUAGGAAAUACCUAUGAGUCUCUGGGAGAAUAUCAAAAGGCUAUUCAAUAUCAAGAAGAAAGUCUAAKCAUUGCUAAAGAGAUCGGCGACAGACAGGGAGAGAUAAAUGCUUACGGAAACUUAGGAAAUGUCUAUCAGUCUCUGGGAGAAUAUCACAAGGCCAUUCAAUAUCAUGAAAAGAGUUUAAGCAUUGCUAAAGAGAUUGGUGACAGACGCAGAGAAGGAAAUGCUUACGGGAACUUAGGAAAUGCCUAUCACUCACUAGGGGAAUAUCACAAGGCUAUUAAGUAUCAUGAAUCGGAUGUGAACAUUGCUAAAGAGAUUGGUAACAGAAAGGGAGAAGGAAAUUCUUACGGAAACUUAGGGAAUGCUUAUCAAUCACUAGGGGAAUAUCAGAAGGCCAUUGAAUAUCAUGAACAAAGUCUUAGCAUUGCCAAAGAGAUUGGUGACAGACAGGGAGAAGGAAACAGUUACGGACACUUAGGAGAAGCCUAUGAAUCACUAGGGGAUUAUCACACAGCCAUUGAAUAUCAAGGCAAACAACUAAGCGUUGCUAAAGAAAUUGGUGACAGAAAGGGGGAAGAAAGUAGUUACGGAAGCUUAGGAAAUGUCUAUCAAUCACUAGGGAAAUAUCACAAGUUGCCUGGAAAACGUGAUGCUCUGAAGAAAAAAUGCACAACUAUCCCAGCAAAUUGUUCAGGAUUACAACUGCUCUAUUGGUUUUAUUAUUCAACAACAAAAUUUUCUGAAGCGGAGGGCUCUAUGUACGGGGCGGGUGAUUGCUACAAAGCUGAUUCCAGCCUUAAAGACCUCAAUAAAGCUGAAGAACACCUUCAAAAGAGUAUUGAAUGCUUUGAGAACCUGUUUGAUGACUCAAAAGACAAAGACCAAUUCAAGAUAUCUUUUGUUGACACUUAUGUUGGCACCUACAAGAUACUUGUCGACGUACUUCUGGAGAAGAAUCAGCCCGAAAAAGCUCUGCUGAUUUGUGAACGGGGACGAGCCCGUGCAUUGAGNGUGGGAAUGUCUCGAGCAUUCCUGGCUGCAGGAGCCCGUGCUGUUGUAGCGUCGUUGUGGGCCAUUGAUGAUCAAGCUACUAGGUUCUUUAUGGUGAAAUUCUAUUCACAUCUCAAGAAAGGAGAGAGUGCCAGUAGGAGUCUACAGCAAGCAAUGAAGGAAAUGAGAGAAACAGAGAUGUACAAGGAACCAAAGUACUGGGCUGCCUUCUUCCUUAUUGGAGAUGACGUCACCAUUUCUGUGUAAGGAUCCGUUAUAGUUGCACUAUAGGGUGAUCUUGUUUAAAUUUGUAAUUAGCUUAAAGUUUGGAUAUGGUAACAAGCAAACUAAGUUCAUUUCUUAAAAGGGCUUAUUUAGAACUAUUAUCGUGGAAAUUUGAUCUCUUUAAUUUAGCAAAAAUGAUCCACAAUGUAAACAAAAGAUCCAUGUAUUUCGUCAUUCUGACGGACAUUUCUGAUGCAAGAAGUAAUGUUUAAAGGCCGACAAUGAGGA